UUCCGCGCCGCUGCCUGGUCAAAGGGUUAGAGGAGCAAGUGGCAGGGAGCAUGUGGCUUAUCAGCUACUCGCUGUGAACCCCGCGCCUCCGCUGAUGGCAGUGUACGCGGGCUAAGGACCGGAAACCUUGGAGCAUGGCAGCAGCAGGAGGCAGCGAACAGAAAGAGCUGCUGGCUCUGAUGCACCAGCACUUGGUCCAGAUUGGCUAUGAGAGAGCAGCAAGGGAGCUGCUGGCACAGAGUGGGCAGAAGACCUUCCUACCAUCCCCAGUCCCCCUCGGAGAUAUCUUCACUCAGUGGAAAAAAACUUCCUCACAAGCCCAGAAACGAAAGGCGGAGGAAAUCAAGCAGGGCAGCCCAGCAAAGAUCAGAGUUCCUGAUCCCAAGAGCAGCUCUGAGAGCUCGGAGGAGGAAGCAGCAAAACCCAUAAAAAGCAAUGUGGCUGUGAAUAACAGUUCCCUAGCUAAAGCGGAGAGCAGCAGUGAGGACGAGGAGUCAUCUUCUGAAGAGGAAGAAGCUGCUGGCAAGGAGGUGAACAUCCCCGCAGCAGGAAACAAAACCAGCAACUUGCUGCAACUUGCUGCACAGAAGACGAACUCCUUCCCAGGCAAAGGGGUGGCUGUAGCUGCUGUCCAGGCAAAAGGGCAGCAGAAAAAGGCAACUGCAAAUAAGCCACCAACACCGGCUGUGACAAAGGCAGGACAGAAUAAAAUCCUCCCUGUUAAGCCAGGAUCUGCUUCUCAGCCUCUUGCUAUAGCAGGGCAGAAUGCAUCACAGGCAGCCGCUGCAAGGAAGACAAAGGACUCUGAAAGCAGCAGCAGCAGCUCAUCUGAAAGUGAGGAAGAAAAGACACCAGCAGCAGUAAAAACCCCAGUACCCAAGCCAGCUCUGAAGAAGGCAGAGAGUAGCAGUGGAGACUCCAGUGAUGACUCAGACUCGGAAGAAGAAACAAAUACUGCAACGCUCCAGGUAAAACCAGCUGCGGAAAGCAGACAGGUCGACACGACGCCAACAAAAAGUGUGCCAGCCACCGCUGUACCGUCUAAAGGAAAUGCAGUAAAGGCAUCUCCAGCAAAGAAAACAGCACAACAAACCAGAGCAAGAUCUGGAAAUGUGGCUAAAACCACGAAGCCAGCAGACAGCUCUGAGACAAGUGACUCGUCUGACACUGAGAUCGAGGAACCCUCCUUGGCAACACAGGCAAAGUCACCUGGAAAAUCCCCUCAGACCUUCUCAUCCCCAGUGAAAAAUGCAGCAGCACCCAGUCUCCUGUCAACCAAGACAGCCUCUGUUCCAGCUCUGUUGAAGCAAACGCCAAAGACUUCCGCAGUGAAACAGCCACCUCCUGCCAAGGCUGCUGGCGGGGGGAAGAAAGCCAAGAGCUCAGAGAGCAGCGAGUCGUCAUCUGAGAAUGAGGAUGAGGCUCCCUCAGUUCCAGUAAGCCAGAAGAAAUUGCAAACUCCUCAGCCUCCCGCUGGAGCCAGACAAAAUCAGAUUGAUAAACCAGGCACCCCGGCGAAAGCUGUGUCGAGUGCUUUGAAGGGGAAGGAGACGGAGAGUGAGAGCAGCAGCAGCUCAUCUGACAGUGAGGAGGAAAUGAUUCCUCCAACACAACAGAACCUGCCACCUCCUUUCGCAACCAAGGCAAACGCUUCACCUCAGGUGGUGUCUGCUGCGAAGUCCCUGCCCCCACCAGGAGGACCACUUCAGAAGGCCCAGGAGAGUGAAGACAGCAGCCAGGAUUCUAGCGAUGAGUCUGACUCUGAAGAAGACAAAGUGUUCACCCAGAAACCAGCUCAGGAAACUCAGAAACCCACACCCGCUCCUGCGAAAGCUCCAGCUGCAAAGAUGGCAGGUGCCACAUCAGGCAAAGCAGGCAAUGCUCAGCCAGCAGGAAAAGUUGGGACAGCAAGCCCAAUGAAGUCUGCAGCUGCCUCUCUCCAGAAAGCUGCAGAGAGCUCAGAGACUGACAGCUCUGAUUCUUCAGAGGAUGAGGUGGCGGCUGCAAAGCCUGUGAAACAGCCCCCCAUUCAUCCCUUUUUUCUGCCGAAAGCAGUAAAAACACCUGCUCCUCCAGGGAAGCGUGCACAGGCCAGCUCUAGUACACCCAACUCUGUUUCCACCAAGUGCCAAGGCCCUGCUGCAGUAACAACGGGGAAGGUGGAGCAGAGCUCCUCCAAGAAGCCUAAACUAAGCCAGGCUCUGCCUGAUAAACCCGAUGGGAUCCCUAAGCACAAGGAGAGUUCUGGAAGCAGCAGUUCCUCGGAUAGCGAGGAGGAGGCAUUGACAACCGCCAAGCAGAUCCCACAGCCUGCAAGCAUACCACAGAAACAAGGAGUGGGGGGGAGCCAGAGAGCUCAUCUGAAGCGACCAGCAGUGAUGAAGACCAGGAGGCUUCGCAGGGGGAAUGGAAGCAUUGGACAGGUUUUUCUGUCCCUGUGCCUUUCUCCAGCUAGGCUUUCUCCAGAGCCUUCCCUCUUAAAGGGCUUCGUGGGCCCUAUAAAGACCCCGCUGCCCACUCUGCCGAAGGGUGCCGCUCCUGCGCUAUCCAAACAGAGUUCCAGAAAAGCUGCCUCUGCUCUUCGUGGUCCUCCCAUCAGCAUGGCUUCUGGCGACAGCUCUUCCAGUGACAGUAGCGACUCGGACGCCGAUGCUAAGGAAAAAGUUGGGCAGAAGACAGAGAUUGGCCCAUUACCAUCUUCUGGAAAGGAAGUGGCAAAGACCAAGGGGGCUAAGGGGGCCGCAGCAAGGAAAAAAGGAGCGGGAAGCGUCGGCUCCAAAGCCGCCUCUGCAAAGAAAGCUGCCGCAAAGGCUCAGAGCAACGGCAGCACCAAAAGGAAACCUGCAGGGCAGUUGCCACUCACCCUGCAGGCCAGCACUCAAACUGCACAAGUUGGCUCAGAGGAGGCCACAGCCCAAGCUCCUGGCGCAGCUGCCCAGGGAGAGCCCCAAGCCACCCCUGUUGUGGCAGUCAAGCGUCCCAAAGCAACCAAAUCUUCCAAGGCUGGGGCAAAAGAGAAGCCGUCCAAGAAGCGAAAGCUGGCAGCUGGGGAUGCUGGCCUGGGCGAGCCGAAGGGAAAGAAACUGAAAGCAAAGAGUGGCGUAGAGGUGCCGAAAAAGCUGAAGAAGAAGAAGAAAGACAAGUCUUCAACCGGCAGCGAAACACCAAAGAAAAAAGGCAGCAAAGAGAAGAAAGCUGAUAAGAAGAAAAAGAAGAGCAAAAAGCUGGAGUCUCUUACCGCAGAUGGAUCAAAGAAGAAGAAGAAAAAGAAGAAAACUGGUGAUCUUGAGGGAGCAGCAUGAGCCGUGGCUUAAAGCACGAAGUAAAGAAUAAAAAUAUGCUGGGAGCAUUCAAGGGAAAGAAACUGUUUGUUUAUAUUUUUAAAGAAAAGAAAAUGGGAAUGUCAAAGACUUGAUUCCAGUAUUUAUAACGAUUUUUAACUGUGACUUUUAGAGCUAAGCAUUGCUAACAGUUGAUCUGGCUAUUUGCUUGGGAAUAAGACAUGCCCCGAUUGCUUGGCCAAUGGAGAAGAUGUAGCUACUGUAACUGACGGAAUGUGAGGAAGACAAACACCUUUGAUUAUUCAAUCCUGAAUCCAGCAAUUACUUUUACGGCUAUCUCUACUUCCUCCUUCACCCAAUCCCAACCCUUAAGAGUUAUAUUUUUUAAAGGAAAAGAUCGCCUCCCCCUCUUUUCAUACUACAUUAAAGGAAGAAGUUUGAUGUCUCUGCAAUGUCCAUCCAGAAAUUGUGUUCAAUAUGUACAAAACCCUCUUGAUUCUAGGUUGGCUUUUUCUCUUGUACUUUUCUCUCCCUCUCUUUCUUUUUUUAAAUAAUAGUAUACAAUAAAACCAUAGUAACUGGGAAAA